AUGGCUAGUUUGUAUACAGAAAUAACCCCAGCAGCAGUCAGGAAUGCCAAGGGCUUACACCUUAUUACCUGCUUAACUCCCAAUGGAAAGAAAGUCCAGAUCCUUCUCGAGGAGUUGAAGGAUAUUUACGAAGUAGAGUGGACAACUUCUUUAAUAGAUAUCGACACCGAUGAGCAGAAGAAACCAUGGUUUCUAAAGCUCAACCCAAAUGGGAGAAUCCCCGUUCUUAUUGAUAAUACUGGACAAGAACCGUUCCCGGUCAUGGAGUCAUCAGCGGAGCUGCUCUAUCUUGUCGAGACGGUGGAUAAAGAUCAUCACUUCAGCUUUUCCAACGGCAAGGAGCAGUCCCAGAUGAUGCAGUGGCUUAUCUUCUGGCAUGCUUCGGGUCAGCCUAACCAAGGCCAACUGAACCACUUUGGAAGAUUUGUUGCUGAAAAGAUACCUUAUGCCGUCGACAGAUUCAAAGCCGAAACACUCCGGGUUUACAACGUGCUUGAGCUCCAUCUUUCUGGGAGCCUGACCUCCCAGCCUCGUGAAUAUCUUGCUGGAAAUGGUCUUGGAAAGUUCAGUAUUGCUGAUAUAAAUGCAUACCCCUGGGUCCUGGUGUGGAAUCGGAGCGGUAUUUCUGAAGGGGAGAUGGAGAGUUACCCACACGUGAAGGAAUGGAUAGGCCGAAUUGAGGCCCGACCGGCUGUACAGAGGGGAACGGGUGAUAUGUAUGAUGAGGAUGUUCAUCCCGAAUUGCUGGUCAGUACUGCUAGUGAAUAG